ACAAAGGGCACGCUUGAUGACGAGACCCUGACGUUGCUACGUGUUUGUACGUCCAAAGGGGGAAGGGCACGUCUGAAGAAAGAAUUGUAGCUAAGGGAAAAGCAGCACAGAAUAAACACCUAAGUAACCGAGCGUUGGAAAGCAUAGGAGUCUGAAUUCGGCCUCUUGGCGACAACUCUGUUUAUCUGCAUGUGCAGGUAAGUCAUGCGUCGGGCAUCCAUACGUCGAGGACCCGGGACUGGUGACGAGCAAGCUCCUGCGGACGGUGCUCCCAAGGCCAAAGAAUCCACAGCUAACUCUGACGAGGCGGCGCCCAUGGAAGAGGAAGCGGCCGCGGCAGCAAAGGAGGCUGAAGCCCCAGCCGCUGAGACCCAGGGAGAGAAGGAGGCGGCGGGGGAGAAAGGAGAAGGAGGAGAGGCCCCGGCAGAAGGAGGAGAUGGAGGAGAAGUAGAAGGAGAGGCGAAAGACAAAGAGGUGGAUGGGGAGGCGAAGGCUGAUGGAGAAGGCACUGAGGAGACUGGGAAGAAGAAGAAAUCGAAAGACAAGAAGGAGGACAAAGAGGGCACCAAUGAGGUGAAGGUCAAGAAGGUGAAGAAGUCCAUCCCGGCCUGGGCUUCCCUGCCCUCCGUCAAGCGCACAGGCACCAAGACUGGCAACAAGACGGUCAUGCAGCACCCCAAAGUGCACGACAUCCUCAUCGAAGCUAUUCAGAGCUCCAAAGAGAGAACUGGUGCAUCUGCCUUUGUCAUCCUGAAGUACAUCAUGAGUAAAUAUGCCUUUCUGGAGCUGGACAAAAGGAAAUUCCUUCUUAGGCAGUCCAUGAAGCGACUGGUGGAGAAAGGGGCCAUCAAACAGCUGAAGGGAAAAGGCUUUGCUGGGAGUUUCGCAAUUGGAAAUUUAUCAGCCGUCUCCAACUCUGGCAAUAAGAAACUUGCCUUGGUGGUGGCUCCAGGUGUGAAGGCGGAGACGCUGGGUGAUUGCCUGCCUCUCAUCAUGACGCGCCUCUGUGAGCCCAAAGAGGCCUCCUAUCUGCUCAUCAAGAAGUACCUCACUGAACACUACCCACAAAUGGAUGUAGAGAAAAGGCCAGAUAUUCUAAAGAACGGCCUGCAGAGAGCGGUGGAGAGAGGGCAGCUGGAGCAGAUCACUGGGAAGGGAGCUACAGGAACAUUCCAGCUGAAGAAAACUGGGGACAAACCUGCAACUGUCCUUGAGGAUGCUAUAGUGACGGCCAUCAUAGCCAUGAACGAGCCAAAGUCCUGCAGCAUCAACACACUCCGCAAGUUCCUCAUCGAAAACCACAAGGACCGAAAGGAGUACCUCUUAAUGAACCAGCUGAAGAGAACCUUGGAGAAGGGCAAGACCAUGGGCUGGAUCGAACAGAUCACGGGCCACGGGCUAAGUGGAAGCUACCAGCUUUCCUACCCCUACUACCCAAGCCCAGCCAUCCUGUUUCCAGAUAAGAUUGCAAAACAGAAGAAGAAAGAGGAAGAGAAGGCCAAACGCAAGAGGAUGGCUGAGUCGGAGGAUGAGGAGUCUGAAGAAGAGUCUGAGGAGGAGGAAGAUGAUGAUGACGAUGAAGAUGAUGAGCCCCCUCGUAAAAGGGGACAACAGAGGCGGCCAGCCCCUAAGGCCCGUUCCGCAGCCCCCCAGAGGAGGGGCAAGUCCAGCAGCCGGAAAGCUCCUGCCAAACGGUCAGCCCCACCAGCCAAGAGGGCAGCGCCACCCGCUAAGAAAAGGGCUCCUCCCCCUGCCAGGAAGCCUGUGGCCAAGAAGGCAGCCCCGCCGGCUAAAGCCACACCUGUGAAAAAAGCCGCCCCAGCUCGCACGCCCAAAACGCCCGUCGCCAAGAAGCUGACCAGCAGAGUGGCCAAGCGGCCACCAGGCAAGAAGCCACCGGCCAGGGCAGCCAAAGCGGAUGAGACAGAAAAGGCCAAGGCAGCCAAAUCGCCAGAGCCGGCCAAGGCAAAGGGGGCCAAAGCAGAGCAACCAGCAAAGGCCAAACCAGCGGCUCGCAAGUCCACUCGGGUGAAGAAGUGAGCUUGGCGAGCGAGGCUCACAGAUGGAGACGUUUACUCGUAGCUCAGUAGACUGUUGUGCUUUGCCUCCCUACCCCCCCAACCCCCACCCCCCCCCCCCCCCUUUCUCGAUUUCUUCUUUUUUUACUUUAUAUUUUUUUUAUAGCUUCAUCCUUCCUCCCCUGUUGGAGGCCCUGUAACGUGAUCAGAUGGAUGAACAAUGAUGUCAGUUUGUUCAUAGAAAUACUUUUCCAUUCGAAUCUCAAUUUUGAAGGUCAUGAUGUCGUGUUCGUUCUGUGUUCUGUUUUUUGUUUUGUUUUUCUAAAAUACAUUUCCAAUGGUAAAACUGUUUUUUGUUUCAAACUCAAUGAACCUCAGAGGGUCAAUCAGUUUUUAGUAUUAUAUCCUACUAAAUCUAACUCAAAGUGGUUAGAAGUUCAGUUUGCCUCUUACUGCUCAGUAUAUGUACUGUAUUUGAGACGUUAAUCUUUUUUGUUGUUUUGUCGAGACACUUGGGUUAUUUUUUGACACAGUGUGAAGUUUCAGUUGAUAUUUCUGAAAGGUAAAGGUUUUGGUCACCACCAUAGGCUCUUAUUGUGAGAUUUGUUAGAGAAGGUAGCAUUAUUGGCUUUGGUGAUGGAAGUUUUUCAUAUUUGAGAAUGAGCAAGUGUGUACUCAAGCAUGAGAUUGUACUUCAGAAAUGUUGAUUUAAUAAGCUCUCUUUCUGUUCAAAGAGCAUUUGUGAAGACUAUCCCUGCCUAAAUUGGAAAUUCGUACUUCGGCUGAACAGUACAAAUGAAAAUGUUAAAUAAUUAGUUUAAUUUGUGUGUGAUCGUCUCUUAAAAGAUAGACCAUAAAAAUGUUUUCUUUUGUCAUAGUCAUGACUUCAAUACAGCACACAAAAGUUAUAUUCGAUUAUAUUCUAUGUAUUAGUGAAUCCAUGAGGAUAAGACAGCUUUUGUUCCCAUGAGCUUGGCUCAUGCUCUGCAUGCUGUUAAUCUUUCACUGAUCUGCUUUUCUGUAGUCAUUAAUAAAGUGACUAUAUUUGUACUA